CCGACGGUCGCAUCUACGAUGACGGGAAAUACAACGUUAACCGUGGUUCAACAAGGAUGGGUGGACGAGCCCUAUACGCGUGGAACGUGGAGUAUUAUCUCUACCUGCUUGUUGACUAUCAUUCUUUGCUGCUGGACGGCUGUCUUGCCCAAUAUCCCUGCUCGUAAUGACCGCUGGUAUGAUCGUCUACGGGACCGAUUGCACCUCUUCUCAAUCGGGCUGUUAGGGCCUGAAUUCCUACUCAUGCUUGCCCUGGGCCAGUGGUCCUCCGCCCGGGCAUCAGUUAAUAACAGCAGCCAAGGCAAAGCCACAAUCCCAUGGACACUGACUCAUGCCUUCUAUGCUGACAUGGGAGGAUUUGUGCUGAAUGGGGAGGGAAUCGACAGCCCAUUUCCUGUCAACGCGGAGCAGCUCUUUUUCUUGGUCAAGGAGAAGUAUAUAGAUUACCCAGAGGUCACAGAAGAUGAUAUCAAGGAUCGGAACAAAUCCGACGGCUUCUCUCGCGUGAUCGCAGCAUGCCAAACACUAUGGUUUGUGGUGAACAGCACCACACGUGUAGCCCAGGGCCUCUUCUUGACAACACUCGAGCUCACAACCAUCUCGUUUGUGGUGGUAUUUCUAGUGACCUCAUACAGCUGGAAGCAUAAACCAUCGAACAUCAGCAGUACUAUACCGAUCACAACCAAAACGCCAAUCGAUGCCAUCCGGGAAAAGCAUUGCGAUUAUCCAGACCAGCCAUGGCAUGAGACUCCCCUAGACUUUGCCUGCCACGACGUCUCCUUCUGCCAAGUCCACUGGCGCCACUACACUCGGCUACUCCAGAAGAUGCACCUUUCCAUUUUCUCGCGCCCCAUGACCGCUCGCCCUCGAAACCGCAUUCCCAGCGACAACUUUCUGGGUACCGACCUACAAGCCGAUAUCGUCGCGACUCCGACUCUUAUCGUUGUCGGUGUGAUGUUCAUGUUCGCCUGGAAUUCUCACUUCCCCAGCCGAGCCGAGCACAUCCUCUGGCGCACCGCCAGCAUCUACAACCUCGUCUUCACCAUCGUCGCCGGCCUCCAUGCCGGCUAUUGCGAUAAGGUCCUUCUCCCGGGCGAGCUGAAGAAGGCCCGUUCACUGCCUUGGUACGAGCCGCAGCGGCCACCGCCGCCCCCACCAGUCUCUCGCAAAUGGGACUUUUGGCGGCGUCUGGCCAUCCGAAUGCGCAACUUGGAUCCGUCCCGGAAUCCCCGGUCGCAUGUGCCUCUGCGCGUGCUGCUGCCGACCACAGUGCUCUGUGCGCUGUAUUGCCUGGGACGGGGUUACAUACUGGUUGAGGACUGCAUUGGGCUGCCGAAAUUGCCGGAGUCGGCGUUUCGCACGGUUAGCUGGUCGGUUUAUGUUCCGCAUCUGUGACCGAAAAC